ACACAGACGCGGUGAUUCGGCGAUGACCGGCUGCAGUGACCCCGUGCUGUUUAUCGGGCUAGCGGGGAGUUUUAUUCCGAGUUGGACUUGCUGUUCACGCUCGUGUCCUGCUUAUUAAACUAGUCCGGGCUCCGCCGGAGCGCAGAGAGAGCCGCAGGGGCUGUUUGGUUCUCGGCCUUGUUCCUGUGUGUUUACCUGCUACACCGUGCGGUAGAACGGCUGGGACUUCUGCAGUAGUCGGUGUAAUAAGGUGGAGCGCAGAUGCCUGAGCUAGCCAGCUGAGACGAGGAUCAGGACCACUCUCCUCCUGUCUCCCCUCUACCCCACCACCUGCAGUCAUGAAUGGUGGUCGUAGCAUUUGGGCUAUAACUCCAGAGGAGAGAGAUAAACAUGAUCAGAAAUUCGACAGUCUCUCCCCAGCACAGGGCUUUGUGUCUGGGGAGCAGGCGCGGAAGUUCUUCCUGCAGUCAGGCCUUCCUGCAUCUGUGCUGGCUGAAAUUUGGUCUUUGGCUGACAUGAACAAGGACGGUAAAAUGGACCGUCUGGAGUUCUCCAUUGCAAUGAAACUGAUCAAGAUGAAGCUGCAAGGUCAGAAUCUGCCUACGGCUCUGCCUAUUAUCAUGAAGCAGCCACCGGUGCAUGCUCCCAGUAUGCCAGUAGCACCACUUGGGAUUGGAUCCAUGUCAAAUAUACCCAUGAUGCCCACCAUGCCUGUUCUUGCACCUCUCAACUCAUUAAGCCCUGUCCAGGGCAUGACCCCCUUGAUGCCCACUGGACUGCCCAUGCCAAUAAUGCCCACAAUUAAUACUCCUGCUCUACCCAACGGGCCUGUGGGUAUCUUGCAGCCCAUUCCUGGAAACACUCUUCCACUGAACAGCUCCUUUACUUCCUCUCCUUUGGGUUCUUCUUCCACUCUUAUGAACAUAUCAUCACCUCUUCUGGACCUGGGUUCAAGCAGUUCCAGCUCCUCUUCCACUACAUCUUUAGUCAGCAGCUCUCCUAUGGCUGGCCCCUCAGACUGGGCUGUGCCACAUUCAUCACGCCUCAAAUAUAGGCAGCAGUUCAACAGUCUGGAUAAGCAGAUGACUGGCUAUCUUACAGGCCUUCAAGUGAGAAAUGCGAUGGCUUCAACUUUACUAACUCAGACGCAGCUAGCUGCCAUCUGGAACCUGGCAGAUGUAGACAGAGACGGUAAACUGAGGGCAGAAGAGUUUAUUCUAGCUAUGCACCUCGUUGAUAUGGCCAAGCAAGGACAGCCUCUGCCUCUGUCUCUUCCUCUGGACUUAGUGCCCCCGUCACUCAGGGGCAAAGUGGGCGAGUCGCUGAAUGGAACUGCCAGUCCGUCCAUCUACGCAGGCUUGACUGAUGAGUUUACUGAGGCCGAUCCACCGCAGAAAUCCAAGAACUUGAGCUUUGAAGACAAGUUUAAGCGAAACCUGGAGCUGGGGAACGCAGAGCUGGAGAAGCGGCGACAGGCUUUACUGGAGCAGCAGCGGCGAGAGGAGGAGAGAAGAGCACAGAAAGCCCGUGAAGAACAAGAGAGGAGAGAGAGAGAGGUACGUGAGCUGGAGCUGAGGAGGAAGAGAGAGGAAGAGCAGCGGCUGGAGCGACAGAGGGAGCUGGAGAGGCAGAGAGAAGAGGAGAGACUCAAAGAGCUGGAGAGGAAAGAGGCAGCUAAAAAGGAGCUGGAGCGCCAGCAGCAACUGGAGUGGGAGAGGAGGAAAAAGCAAGAGCUCCAGAGCCAGAAAAGCCAGGAACAGGAGGACAUCAUCCGCCUCAAGGCCAAGAAGAGGAGUCUAGAGAUGGAGCUUGAAGCUGUGGGCAACAAGUACAAACAAAUCUCUGACAAACUCAGGGAUGCCCAGGCCAAAAAAAAAGUCAAGAAAAUUGAACUGGAUGGGAUUAACCAGAAGAGAGACAGCUGCAUCAUAGAAGUCAACUCCUUACAGCAGCAGUUUGAGGAGUUGCAGAGAAAGUUGGCACAGUUGGCUCCAGAGCAGCAGAAGCUGAAUGAGAAACUUGGAAGUAUGAAUCUGAACAACAUACAAACUUCAACAAUGACCACAUUGCAAAAGAGUGUUACAGAGAAAGACCUCAACUGUCGAAAGCUGAAAGAACAGCUUGAUGUUUUAGAGAAAGAAACAGCAGCAAAACUGUCAGAAAUGGAUCAGUAUAAGAAGGACAUACAGGAACUCCGAGAGAGCCAAAGGAAUCAGCAGGCAGCUCUGGAAAAACUGCGUAUCAUCAAAGACGACAAACUUCGAGAGCUCAAGAACCGUAAACAGGAGGAACUGGAGAGGAGGAAGAGGGAGGAGGAAGAGCAGCGGCGCAUCAAGCAGGAGAAGGAGCGCCAGUGGCAAGAGAAGCUGAGACGUGAUGAGGAGGAAAGGCAGAGGAAACUACAGGAGGAGCGAGAGGCCAAGCUUCGUGAAGAGGAGGAGAGAGAGAGGCAGGCUCACCUGCAGGCUGCCAAAGAACAGGCAGAGAGGGAGCGCAGGACACGAGAGGAGGAGGAGGAGAGGAGACGGAGGGAGGAGGAGGAGAGGAGACGGAGGGAGGAGGAGGAGAGGAGGCGGAGAGCAGAGGAGGAGGAGAGGAGAUUGAGGGAGGAGGAGGAGAGGAGGCGGAGAGCAGAGGAGGAAGAGAGGAGAUUGAGGGAGGAGGAGGAGAGGAGGAGAAUUGAGGAGGACCGCAAGAGGCGAGAAGAGGAGAGGAAAAAAAUAGAGGAGGAGAGGAAGAAGCUGGAAGAGGAGAGGAGAAAGCUGGAGGAGGAGAAACGAAGACAGGAGGAGGAGAGAAAGGAAGAGGAGAGGAGGAGACAAGAAGAAGAGAGGAAGUGGGAGGAGCGGAAGAAAGCAGAGGAGGAGAGGCGAGAGCAGGAAAGGAGGCGGCACCGAGCACAGGAAGCGGCUGUCCGGGACACAGAGGAGCGAAAGAGAAAGGAGGAGGAGAAGAGGAAGCAGGAGGAAGAGAGGAGGAAGCAAGAGGAGGAGGACAGGAAGAGGCGAGAGGAGGAGAAAAGGAAACAAGAUGAGGAGCGGAGGAGAAAGCAGCAGCAGGAGGAGGAGGCGGCGGCGGCUGCAAGGCUGAAAGAAGAGCAGCAGAAUAAGCAGAAUACCAAGCUGAGUAACUCCAAAGCAGACAUUGUCGCUGCUCUGCUUCGAGGCCUGGAGGAGAGGAAAGGUAAUAGGCUGCCUAUUCACAGAAAAUCAGCAGCUCUGACCAGAUUUAAAGCACUCUACCCCUUUGCAGCGAGGAAUGAGGAUGAACUCUCCUUUGAAACGGGUGACACAAUUGAGGUGGAUGAGACCAUUGAAAGGGAGGCUGGUUGGCUCUAUGGCAGCCAUCAGGGAAAAGUGGGCUGGUUCCCUGAGAGCUAUGUGGAAAAGCAGUCAAAGCCUGAGCCCCCUUCCAAACCAGCUCUUAAACCUCAGGCCUCCCUCUCCAUCCCUAACAAGCUCACUGAGGCUUCUCUUCCAAGCGGAUUAGGCCAGAACUCUGCCUUCACCCCCACUCAUGCCCCGACUACCACCUCCUCUGAGCACAACCAGAUGGUGGGGAACCUUAAGGUUCUGGCUUUAUGUUCUUGGACAGCUAAAACAGAUAACCACCUCAACUUCUCCAAGGAUGAUGUGAUCACUGUUCUGGAGCAGCAGGAGAACUGGUGGCUUGGAGAGCUGAAUGGAAAGCAGGGCUGGCUCCCCAAAAGCUAUGUCACUGUGCUGAGUAGCAGCGACACACCAACAGAUUCCACUGAAGGACUUGACUCAUCUGCAGCAGACGGCUCUUCUCUUGAGGAAUAUGUGGCUCUCUAUACCUAUGAAAGCCCUGAACCUGGAGAUCUGACCUUCAAUGAGGGAGACACUAUUUUGGUGAUACAGAGAGAAGGAGAGUGGUGGAGAGGCAGCAUAGGAGACCGUUCUGGACUCUUCCCCUCCAACUAUGUUAAACCCAAGGAAACUGAUACUUCAAAGCUUGGUUUGCCUGGGAAGAAGCCAGAGAUAGCCCAGGUGACCACUUCAUAUACGGCCUCAGGGACUGAGCAGUUGAAUCUGGCUCCUGGCCAGCUUAUCCUCAUCCUCAGUAAGAACCCCACUGGCUGGUGGCUGGGGGAACUGCAGGCGCGUGGUAAGAAGCGUCAGAAGGGCUGGUUCCCAGCAUCUCACGUCAAGCAACUGGGUUCAAACAGCGGCAAGUCAACCCCUGCAGCUGUAGCAGGUAAAGCAGAGAGACUGCUCACGCUCCAUAACUGCGCAAAUCUCUCCAUGUCGUCAUUAUUGCUUCAGCCCAUCUCUCUGCUUCUCUCAGUCUGCCAGGUCAUUGCCAUGUAUGACUAUACGGCAGCCAACGAGGACGAGCUCAGCUUCUCCAAGAGUCAGCUCAUCAAUGUGCUGGACAAGAGCAGCCCUGACUGGUGGAAAGGAGAGGUCAACGGACUCACGGGCCUGUUCCCCACCAACUAUGUGAAAAUGACAACCUCAGAUUCUGACCCUAGCCAGCAGUGGUGCGCCGAUUUGACCAGUCUGGACUCCAUGAGCCCCCAGGAGAAGAAACGGCAGGGCUACAUCCACGAGCUCAUUGAGACAGAAGAAAGAUACAUGGAGGACCUUCAGCUGGUCCUGGAGGUGUUCCAUAAGCCGAUGUCUGAAUCGGGACGGCUGACUGAAGCAGAGAUGAAUAUGAUUUUCGUCAACUGGAAAGAGCUCAUCAUGUGCAACACAAAGCUGCUGAAGGCCCUUCGAGUGAGGAAGAAGAUGGGAGGUGAAAAGAUGCCUGUGCAGAUGGUGGGUGACAUUCUAGCUGCGGAGCUCUCUCACAUGCAGGCCUACAUUCGCUUCUGCAGCUGCCAGUUAAACGCUGCCGCAUUGCUGCAACAGAAGACCGACCAGGAACCAGACUUCAAAGACUUCCUCAAGAAAAUAGCUACAGACUACCGCUGUAAAGGAAUGCCUUUGUCCAGCUUCUUACUGAAGCCUAUGCAAAGAAUCACACGCUACCCUCUCCACAUAAAAAAUAUCCUUGAGAGCACUCCUGAGAGUCAUGUGGAUCACGCUCAGCUGCGGGAAGCUCUGGAGAAAGCUGAGGAACUGUGCUCUCAGGUGAACGAGGGAGUGCGAGAGAAGGAGAACUCUGAUCGGCUGGAGUGGAUCCAGAACCACGUCCAGUGUGAGGGGAUCACAGAGAACCUGGUAUUCAACUCUCUGACCAACUGCCUGGGUCCUCGAAAGCUGCUGCAUAGUGGGAAACUGUUCAAGACCAAGAGCAACAAGGAGCUGUACGCUUUCCUCUUCAGUGAUUUCCUGCUCUUCACCCAGGCUGUCAAGCAGUUCACCUCUUCAGGCUCGGACAAGCUCUUUAGCCCAAAGUCCAACUCCCAGUACAAGAUGUACAAAUCACCUGUGUUCCUAAAUGAAGUCCUGGUGAAGUUGCCAUCUGAUCCGUCCAGUGAUGAGCCAAUUUUCCACAUCUCUCACAUCGAGAGGGUCUAUACUCUCAAAACAGAGAACAUCAACGAGAGGACUGCAUGGGUUCAGAAGAUCAAAGCAGGUUCAGAGGAGUUCAUCGAGACGGAGAAAAAGAAACGAGAGAAGGCCUAUCAAGCUCGCUCUAUGAAAGCCAGUGGAAUUGGUCGCCUGCUUGUCACUAUCCAGGAGGCCACAGAGCUGAAGUCCUCUAAACCAAAUGGAAAGAGCAAUCCGUACUGUGAGGUGACCAUGGGUGCACAAUGCUACACCUCCCGAACUUUGAAUGACACACUCAACCCUAAGUGGAACUUCAACUGUCAGUUCCACAUAAAGGACCUGUAUCAGGACGUACUGUGCAUCACCAUUUAUGAACGCGAGCAGUUUUCUCCUGAUGACUUCCUUGGUCGCACCGAGGUUCCUGUAGCCACUAUCAAAAAGGAGCUGGAAAACAAAGGUCCAGCCAUCAGAAGGCUGCUGCUUCACGAAGUGCCCACUGGAGAGGUGUGGGUCCGGCUCGACCUGCAACUGUUUGAUGGCAAAGCCCCGAAAUGAGAGGAUUUGAGCUGAAGAACCCGCCUGUUCAGCACAAACAAGCUCCCGAAUUCCUCCAGAUCUUCCACAUUGCCUUUCCUUACAGCUCCUUCAACUGCUGUGGAACGUGCUGCUGAAUGCGACACCGUUUCCUGUCAGGCGUGAAUUAAUGAUUCUGCCAAGUUUUGCAAUUUGCAGCUUUUUGUAUAACAAGUGACCUAAAAUAGAGGACAUCUGUGGUUUUGCCAGACUAGUUUACCACUGGAUGUAGAGAUUUCUCAGGAUUUCUAUUUUUCUCUAAACAUACUGUCUAUUUUGCUGUAGUAGAAGUUACAUUAUUAUUUCGUUUUUCUACAUUUGAUUUGAUUUUUAGUAGAUCAGGAUUGGCGCUUGAUCCUGUAAAGGAACACUACUAUCUUUCUUUCUUUAAGCUUCUUUAACCUUAUACUGUAUAAUUUAUGCACCUACGCUUUGUGUAGAAAUGCAUUUGUAUCUGCCAGUUUUUCAGAAAUGGGAUUCUGUUAUGGAUCUUAAGUCUUAAGGAAACGGCAGUUUAUUUUCCCAAAAGGUUCCCUGAAAAAAAAGUUUUAUUAUAUAAUGGUACAAAUGAAGUGAUUACGCAGGAGAGACCCUAAAGGACUAAUCACUGUUGAUCUUGUGUGUUUUAUUUAUUUUAAUUUAUGUCUCUGAGUAUCCACACUAGGAGCAGCUCACUGGGUUCAUUACUGCCAUCAGCAUUUACACCACACGCUUCGUUAGCCGUCUGCCUUAAACUGCCCAGGAUCUACGAUUUUCUUAGGUUUUUUCAAUUUCAAGUAUGUUUGAAAUACCAUCUCAGUGUCUCCCUUUUUAUCUUCUGGGAGUGCAGGCUUUGCUGAUUUACUCAAAAAUGACGCAAGCGAAGUGUCUAACGAGCACAAAUAUGCAACAGAAAAAUCAGGGCAAAGCAAAUAAAAUGUAUUUGACAUUUUU